CCUCCGACAUCAGCAGAUUUCCUAGCCUGUUCUUCAAGAUCCUCAGGAUGAAUACCUACGUCUGUCUUGCCGUUUGCCUUGUUGCUGCUGUCUCAGCUGCUGGAUAUGGUGGUGGAUUCGGAAGCAUGGGCGGUACUGGAGGAGGAAUGGGAGGUGGCAUGAACGGAGGCGGAUCCGGAGGUAUGGGUGGAGGAAACGGUGGAUUCGGAGGAAUGGGCAGUGGAAUGGGAGGACAAGGUGGAUUCGGAGGAAAGGCAGGCGGAAAAGGUGGAUUCGGAGGAAUGGGCGGUACUGGAGGAGGAAACGGAGGUGCCAUGAACGGAGGUGGAUUCGGAGGUAUGGGUGGAGGAAACGGUGGAUUCGGAGGAAUGGGCGGUGGAAUGGGAGGACAAGGUGGAUUUGGAGGAAAGGCAGGCGGAAAAGGUGGAUUCGGAGGAAUGGGCGGUACUGGAGGAGGAAACGGAGGUGCCAUUAACGGAGGUGGAUUCGGAGGUAUGGGUGGAGGAAACGGUGGAUUCGGAGGAAUGGGCGGUGGAAUGGGAGGACAAGGUGGAUUCGGAGGAAAGGCAGGCGGAAAAGGUGGAUUCGGAGGAAUGGGCGGUACUGGAGGAGGAAACGGAGGUGCCAUUAACGGAGGUGGCAUGAACGGAGGUGGCAUGAACGGAGGUGGAUUCGGAGGUAUGGGUGGAGGAAACGGUGGAUUCGGAGGAAUGGGCGGUGGAAUUGGAGGACAAGGUGGAUUUGGAGGAAAGGCAGGCGGAAAAGGUGGAUUCGGAGGAAUGGGCAGUGGAAUGGGAGGACAAAGUGGCUUCGGAGGUAUGGGCGGAGGAAAUGGUGGUUUUGGAGGAAUGGGCGGUGGAAUGGGAGGACAAGGAGGAUUCGGAGGAAAAGGAUAUUAGAUCCAGCUGAUCCUGUUAAUCUUGCAUUACAUGUAAAUGAUGCCAAAUUAUUAAAAAUUGAAUAAUGCAC